AGGUCACUUUGCCUUUCUUCCCCUUCAACAACACCAUGGUCCGUUGCUUGUUGUUUGCGCCUGCCAUGGCGUAUGCUGCCGUCUGCACUCCAUCCGACUUGAUGCCCAUCGCCAGCAGCGCAAUGACGUGCUCGAGUGCGUCCGGCGUUACGGCCGCGCAACUCCAAGGCGCGGACGCGGUCACCAACGCCAUCAAAUUAUGCCAGUACCCGGCCUGCCAAGCGUUCUUCGCGUCGCUGGCGUCCCUCAAGUGCACGGAUGCUGCUGGCAACCCCGUGUCGGGGGCCAGCGGAGUGUGCAGCGCACUGCCUAAAAGCACUGCCGUGUCCACGUUCCUCGCUAGUGGUGCAGGUGCCGUUGCAUUAGCUGUCGCUGCAUCGUUCACAUGUUAAGUUCACGAUCAAUUCUGAAAUAAUGUAACUUAAAUACCACCGUUUGUUACGGUA